ACCGGCAGCUCGAAGUUGCUCCACAAGCACACGACCAUAUCUCGACCGGCGAACGUUGAGCCAAACUACAGCUGUGAAGGCUCCCUCUCUUCGUUUGCAUGCUAAGGCCGUUCUCCAGACCACCUCUGUUUCUAUCUCUCGCUCGAUGUCGGGGUGGCCGGCAGGAGUUUUGUCGGCGAGCGUCAUCCACAAAAGCCCAAGCUCACGCGACACUGAGCUGGCAAGACGUAGAGGAGCCUCUCGACACUUACAAGGAACGCGGAUACCUACAUAUCUCUCUUGGAGAGCAUCUAGGCGAGUACCGCGUGCUCCGUAAGUUGGGCUGGGGUAAUUACUCCAGUGUCUGGCUCGUGCUGAGGGAGACGGACAAGUGCCUUGCUGCUAUGAAAGUCAUGACAGAGUCAGCGACGCGCGAUCCGAGAAUGCAUGAGCUCGAAUUACUGAAAUGUAUGCGCAGCCAGCAGCCGCUGCAUGCUGGGUAUCAACACGUCACCAAGCUCAUAGACCACUUUCAUCACCCUCCUUCAUCCGAGGCCCACCUCUGUCUCGUAACAGAACCUCUAUCGGAGAACCUGCUGUCGUUCUCAGCACGGUGGAAGAAGCGGAGGCUGCCCGUACAUCUCGUCAAGCACGUCACGCGCCAGGUGCUUCUAGGUCUGGAAUAUCUGCACAACAUUUGCAAUAUCGUCCAUACGGACCUCAAGAAUGACAAUAUUAUGUUCGCUAUGUCGGACGAAGACAUUCUAGCAUUAGCCGUCGACAAAGGCGAGCGUCUCAAAUCUGUCGACACUCUUUCCGACGGCAGCGAGGUUACGCGCUACCGCUCUUCGCCGAUCCGAUACCGCCUGCCCGAGGGACACCUUGACUCCUACGACACCUGGAGCCAUGUCACAGCGAAGAUUGGGGACGUGGGCGUAUCAUGCUGGGUCGACAAGGCCCGCGAAUGCGCUGAGGAACUCAUACAAAGCUCAGCUCUCCGCGCACCUGAGGUUUGCGUUGGCGCAGGUUGGGGAAAGCCCGCCGACAUUUGGAGCGUGGGAUGCAUCGUCUUCGAGCUCAUGACGGGCAAGUCGCUCAUCGAG